AACUGCUGUCAUGGCGCUGCGCACAAACGCCAAACGGCUGUGGUAGAAAUAGCUAGAACGACUGAAAGCUGUGUCGGACAUCGCAGGUUCAGGUAAUUACAUUUACAAUCAUGGCAUCGCAAAAUAAAGCGGUUGAGCUUCAGCUGCAAAUGCGACAGAAUGCAGAAGAGCUGCAGGAUUUCAUGAGGGAUCUGGGGAGCUGGGAAAAGGAUAUCAAGAAAAAAGACGAGGAACUGCGGAAGGAGAGUGGAGUUGAGCCUGAAAUGCAGAGUUUGCCUCCGGUAAGAAAUAAGGAUUACAAGAGUAAGAAAAAAGACAAAAGCAAAGUGGCUGCCAACAAUACAAAGAAUGAAAAGGAGAAAGCUUCCAGAAUUAAAUCGUAUGAUUACCAAGCAUGGGACAAAUUUGAUGUGGAUAAAGUACUUGAAAAUCUAGAUAAAGAAGACGGCACACAGGAAUCACAUGAAUCAGACUCUGAAGAAGAUGGGAUUCAUGUAGACAAAAAUAAAGCACUUUCUGAGAAAGAAAAAGGCAAUGAUCUCUUCAAAGAAGGAAAAUAUGACGAUGCAAUAGAAUGUUACACAAGAGGUAUGACUGCAGAUCCUUACAAUCCAGUCCUCCCCACAAACAGAGCCGCUGCUUUCUUCCGUCUAAAGAAGUAUGCUGUAGCUGAAUCGGACUGUAAUUUAGCCAUUGCACUCGACAAAAACUAUACCAAGGCUUAUGCAAGAAGAGGAGCUGCUCGAUUUGCUCAAAAAAAAAACGAGGGUGCUAAAGAAGAUUAUGAGAUGGUUCUGAAGCUGGAUCCUGAAAACUUUGAAGCACAGAAUGAACUGAAGAAAAUACACAAGAUUCUGGCUUCACAUGAGCAUGUGUCAGACAGCAAAGAAAAGGAAGCAGUGGUUGAUGAGAACGAGAAGAAAAGAAUAGAACAGCAGCAGGCUAAACAGCAAGCAAUUACUCAGAAAGAUCUUGGCAAUGGUUAUUUCAAAGAAGGAAAAUAUGAAGCAGCGAUAGAGUGCUAUGCCAAAGGAAUGGCAGCAGAUGGCACUAAUGCACUUUUACCAGCAAACAGGGCCAUGGCCUAUUUAAAGCUUCAAAAGUAUGCUGAGGCAGAAGAUGACUGCAGCAGUGCUAUAGCACUGGAUGGCACUUACUCAAAGGCUUUUGCCAGGCGGGGGACUGCAAGAGCAGCACUUGGUAAACUGAAAGAGGCUAAAGAAGGUAAGAUUGAAAAGGGAGAUGCAACAUUUAAAUCUGAAAGUGAAUCCAGUUCUCAAGCAUAUCCAUUCACUAUGUACAUGUGCAGUUCUAAAAGAAACGCUUGUCACAACAAAGAUAUGUUUUAUUUUAAAGCAUGCUAUCUAGUAAUAAUUACGACUUUGGACCUUGGUCCUUUGUUUGAUGAAACCACCGAAACUUUAGCUUUGUUACUGAACAGACGCAUUGCUUCGCGAAAAAUCAAUAAUGAAAUGGUUGCAAAAGGUCUCUUGUCAAAGGAAUAUCUUGCAGACCAACAAGCAAAGAAUACUGAACAAAGAAGAAUUGUACAGCCAAUAAAUAAACCACCUCACCUGCGAUCAACAAAGCCAUUGAGACGAAUGGUUAUUGAAGAAGUUGGAGGUGAACUGCCUGGCACUGACCUUCAAUUAAUAGCAAACACCUCAGCAGAAUGUAAAGCGCCAUUCUCCGUGAUCACAGAACUUACUGGAAGCAAAGAAGCAGUGGAAUGUGCCCCCAGUGCCAAAAUGCUUAAAAUAGAGGAGAUCUCUGAUAUUCCAGCAGAUUCCUGUGAAAGAGAGCAUCUUGAAGACAAUGCAGAGAAGCAGUCAACUGUAAGAUUUGUUACUGUGGAAAAUACUGCAGAUCAGAAGAAACUAUCACCUUCCAUAGCCGAGUCUUUGUCCAUGCCUUCACCUCCUGCAAACUCCUUUCAGCUGGAAACAGAUUUGAGGAAGCUGAAAGCCUACCCAGAAAUGAAAUACAAGUACCUCAAGCAAAUUGAGCCAUCAGCCUACCCCAAACUCUUUCAGAAGUCAUUGGAACCUGACAUUUUUAACCAGAUUCUAAAUAUUCUACACACUUCUUAUACCAUGCAUGACGAGCAUUCGGUUAUUUUAGAGAUUCUGAAGAACCUUGCAGAAGUGAAAAGGUUUGACAUGGCAGUCAUGUUUAUGUCUGCAGCAGAAAAGACUGUUGUGCAAGAAUUAUUCAACUGUGUUCAUCAAGCUGGUUUAGAAGAUGACCUUGUCAGAUCUCUAAAGAAGAAAUAUGGCAUUUGAUUUUAUUUGUACAGCAAUUCCAGUUGGUUGAAAACACAUUUGCAGGCCAGUCAUUGUUUAGAUUGUACAGAAUAAACGCUGACUACAUAUUAUUUUUAACACCUAAAUACACAAAGGGUUGAUUUGUUAUAAAUCAGGAGUGAAUACAAACAUAAGAACAAGAUUUGGCCCAUCUUGUUUGUUUGGUUGUUAGUAGCUUAUUGAUCCCAGAAUCUCAUCAAGCAGCUUCAUGAAGGAUCCCAGGG